AUGCAAACACUGGCCCCUUAUCAGCUGGAGAUGCUUAAUUGGAACGUCUCUUGCGAGUGUAUGCUCCUCAGCACCAUCAUCUUGGCCUUCCCAUUGGCCGUCGCUUCGUGGCCACACAUCGAAGCUUGCCGCAAAGCCUGGCCUGCUGAGCCUUGUGCCUAUAUCGCCGGAAACGCAAUGGUACUAGGCACCUGCGAGAGCGUAUGCGAGACCACCAACUGUCCCAAUAACCUAGUCUGCAAGCCUCGACGUUGGACUCGUCACUGCGACAAUUGUGGCGGUGACCUCAACACAGGUGGCAAUCGUGGAAAUGAGAGACCACCUCCUCUGCCGGACGAGUGGGAGAGGGUGAAGCUUUUGGUAGAGGAGGUUUUGAAGAUUGUGCAAAAGCAUGCUCAAGCUGAUGAGAAGAGUGAGGGCAAUGCUGCAUUUGGUGGCUUGGCUCGACUGUUCUUGACAUACUUGGCACAGAUAUUACAAAUGUGA